UAUUGCCACUGCUAAAUUCCUAAGCCUUUUUUUCUUCAUUGUAAUUGGAAAUAGUCUUCUUUCUCUCUCUUGAGCCUAUGCUUUGAGAUUCUACUCCACUCUGGUUUUCCAACCUUGGAAUUUCUUCAAAGCAAGACAACAGGUUAUGUAAAUUAUGUGGUUUACCUCCUCUUGGAAGACUUAUCCUUAAUCAAUUCCAGGACUAAAUACAAUUGAUUCUGCGAAAGGAAAUUCGAGGAUUUUCGAUUACUCUCGAAGUAUAACUUUCUAGAAGUGGCAAACUGAAGCUAGUCUGUUAUCAAUUCUGGAAUGCAGGCAUCAGAGCAUCAUAGAAGUUCAAGUAUGUACUAUCAACCAAUGCAGCAGGUUGAGGCAUACUGCAUGCCGCAAUAUCAAGCUCUGAAUCAUCAUCAGUAUUACAAUGAUGGAGGCCAUGGUAUUGGAAGCAGAUUCUCUAAUCAAAGUUCUUCUGAAAUUUACUGCACAUUGGAGUCAUCAUCCGCAACCGGCAGUUUUAAUGUUUACAAUUCUCCUUCAACUGUUAGUUUCUCACCAAAUGGUAGCCCAGUUUCUCUUCAAGAUUCUCAAUCUCAGUCAUAUCCACCUGACAAUAACUAUGGAUCUCCUAUGAGUGGUUCGUGCAUAACUGACGAUUUAAGUACCUUCAAGCACAAGCUGAGAGAGUUGGAGAGUGUGAUGUUUGGUCCUGAUUGUGAUAAUCUUGAUAGUUAUGACAGUUCAUUCAAGGAUGCAACUGAUUUCAUGUCAUCCGAGAUGGACAGCUGGAGACAAACAAUGGUGGCAAUUUCUUGCAAGAACUUAAAGCAUGUACUCGUCGUGUGUGCCAAAGCGAUUGCAGAGAAUGAUCUGCUAAUGGCACAAUGGUUGAUGGAUGAACUGAGGCAGAUGGUGUCUGUAUCUGGCGAACCGAUUCAAAGGUUGGGAGCAUACAUGUUGGAAGGCCUAGUUGCACGGUUGUCUUCUUCCGGGAGUUCAAUCUACAGAGCCUUGAGAUGCAAGGAACCAGAAAGUGCUGAGCUCCUCUCCUAUAUGCACAUACUCUAUGAGGUUUGCCCCUACUUCAAAUUCGGAUACAUGUCUGCGAAUGGAGCAAUCGCAGAAGCUAUGAAGGAUGAAGACAGAGUUCACAUAAUUGAUUUUCAAAUUUCUCAAGGGAGCCAGUGGAUCACUUUGAUUCAAGCUUUUGCAGCUAGGCCUGGAGGACCACCACACAUCCGAAUUACAGGUAUUGAUGAUUCAACAUCGGCUUAUGCGCGCGGUGGUGGGCUGCACAUUGUGGGAAAGAGGUUGUCCAAGCUUGCAGAGCAUUUUAAAGUGCCAUUUGAAUUUCAUGCUGCAGCUAUAUCUGGUUGUGAUGUUCAGCUGCAUAAUCUUGGUGUUCGACCGGGCGAGGCAUUAGCAGUGAAUUUUGCAUUCAUGCUACAUCACAUGCCAGAUGAAAGUGUCAGCACCCUGAAUCAUAGGGAUAGGCUCUUGAGGCUGGUCAAGAGCCUAUCCCCGAAAGUGGUGACAUUGGUGGAGCAAGAAUCCAACACCAACACAGCUGCAUUCUUUCCACGUUUCCUCGAAACUAUGGACUACUACACAGCCAUGUUCGAGUCGAUAGACGUGACUCUUCCGAGGGAACAUAAAGAGAGGAUCAAUGUGGAGCAGCAUUGCUUGGCAAGGGAUUUGGUUAACAUCAUAGCAUGUGAAGGGGUUGAGAGAGUGGAAAGACAUGAAGUGCUUGGGAAAUGGAGGUCAAGGUUUGCAAUGGCUGGUUUUAGUCCUUACCCUUUGAGCUCAUUGGUGAAUGGUACCAUCAAGAAACUGCUUGAUAACUACAGUGAUAGAUAUAGGCUUGAAGAGAGAGAUGGAGCAUUGUAUCUUGGUUGGAUGAAUAGAGAUUUGGUUGCCUCUUGUGCAUGGAAAUGAGAACUGGGAAUUGUGUGUUGGGGGAGGACAAAGCAGAACCUCCUUGUUCUUGUUCUUGUUCUUAUUCUGUUCUUAUUCUAGUUCCAUUAGGUUGUAGAAGCUAAAUGGGAAAAGGGUAUACUUGAAUCCAAUCUGAAUCUGCACUUUCUUUGUUCAAGAAUUUUAACAAGAAAUGUUGCUAUAGCAUUUUCUUAUCAGCAAUAUUGAUCUUCCUUUUCAUAAUC